AUGGCACUAUCAAUGUUUCUCCGUACACCAGUAUGUACAAAUCAGGCAUUCACAAAGCAGAUAAUGCGUCUCGCAACAUACUCUGCAACAAGCAACUCAUCAUUGACUCUCCGUGCACUCCCAAGUGUUUUGUCACAUAAAGACCAUGCGAUUAAGCCACAAACUACACCAAUAUUUGAUUCGGUGCGGUCAUUCCGCACGACGGCGGUGCGCAUGUCCGAUGACGAGAAACCCCACGACCACGCCAAGCUGUGGGUGAUAGAGAAGGCCACCAGUGCUCUACUGGUGCCCCUCAUCCCCCUCGGGCUGCUCAUUCCUAACAAACUCUUUGAUUCACUGCUCGCCAUUCUUAUAACGGCCCACAGUUUUUGGGGUCUGGAAGCGAUAGCUGUUGAUUACGUCCGCGCGAGCAUAUUCGGCCCCGUCAUCCCCAAAAUUGCAAUCGGCCUGGUGUACCUGAUCUCCAUCGCGACCCUGGGUGGCCUGUUCUACAUCAUCAGCCACGACGUCGGCCUGGCCAACGCCGUGAGGCACUUCUGGUCGGUGAAGUCAAAUAGCCAGGUCGCC